ACACACAAACACAAUAGGACUUAAGCAAAUAAGAGCAGAUUGUUUUCGCCUCUUUGAAUUUGCGCUUCAUGCUGGGGCGUCAGCUGCAGCAGCGGAGCAACAGUGAGUGGCAUGUCCCUUCGGUUUAAUCAAGUGACCGGCCAGUUACUGCACGUCGGUAAACUGAGAUAACCAACCAUUAUCGAGCACGGACUUUUACCUACAUAGCGCAUGGACAAACUCUGACUUUGUCCGGCCCACCCCCCCGUCUUAUACCCCACUACCCCGCCCUCAUUUCUCUCAGGCUGAGUCUCCACUGGGAAAGAGGAAGACAGGGCAAAAAAGGCAAGAGACAGACCAAGAUCCAAGACACAUAUUGACUGACAGACAGACAGGUCCCUAACUCUGUGGAGGUAAGGGGAGCAGAAGGGGCGUAGAAGAGGCGGUACAGUUUGUUCUGGAGAGGUGUUAUCCCUUCAGACCUCUGCUAUCUGAAACACUCCUUCCACACCUCCCCUUUCUCAACAACUGCACGCCAACAAAUCGUUGUAGCCAUGGAAAAGACAUACUCCCUCACGGCCCACUACGACGAAUUCCAGGAGGUCAAGUACGGCGGUCGCUAUAGCAGCGGCACCCUUAGCAAUGGCAUGAGCCUUCACCUGGGUGGCAGCCUGGACCGGAACAUUGGGCGGGGCCGGGGCAAAGGGGGCGGGGCCAGCGACCGGUGCCGCGACCUGAGCGGCAUUAAAAGUGGAAAGGGACUUCCCCGCUGGAGCCGCCGGGAGAUCUGCCUGCUCUCCGCCUUGGUGUUCGCCGCUGGGAUGUGUGUCAUCCUGGGUUGCAUGCUGGCGCUGAAAUACAUUUCCCUGGACACCCAGCAAGAUGCACACUGCCGACAGGACUGCCAGAAGAAACGCCUGUUAGUCCGCGCCGCGCGCUUCGUCCAGGCCAACAUCGACCCCACCAUCCAGCCGUGCCAGGACUUCUACAGCUUCGCCUGUGGCGGCUGGCUUCGGCGCCACGGCAUCCCCGAGGACAAGCUGAGCUAUGGCAUCAUCACUGCCAUAGGCGAGCACAACGAGGAGAAACUGCGACGGCUCCUGUUGGAACCUGUGCGCCGGCGUGGCGCCGACUCGGCGGAGAGGAAGGUGAAAGAGUUCUACCGCUCCUGUGUAAACAUCCAGGAGAUUGACAACCUGGGGUCCGGGCCCAUGACAGAGGUUAUCGACAGCUGUGGCGGAUGGGACCUGGUCGGAGCACCCCCUGGAGGUGCCGGCUGGGAGAGCAGUACUGCGCCGGCCAGACCGGACUUUAAUGAGCUUCUCUACAGGACCCAGGGAGUGUACAGCACGGCUGUCUUCUUCUCUCUCACGGUCAACGUGGAUGAUAAGAACUCCUCACGGAAUGCUAUCAGGAUUGAUCAGGAGGGGCUCACACUGCCUGAGAGGACUUUGUACCUGGGGCAGGAUGAAGACAGUGUGAAGAUUCUGGCAGCAUACAAGGCCCUAAUGGAGAGGCUGCUAAGCAUGCUGGGAGCCCACAACGCCACUCAGAAGUCCAAAGAGAUCCUUCAACUGGAGACACGUUUGGCCAACAUCACUAUAUCGGAGUAUGAAGAACAGAGAAAAGACAUCAGCACCAUGUACAACCGCAUCACCCUGAGGCAACUUCAGCGCAUCGCUCCCAGUCUGCAUUGGAAACGCUUGCUGGACAGGAUCUUCCAUGAUAAUUUCUCUGAAGAUGAAGAAAUAGUGGUGUUGGCCACUGACUACAUGCAGAAAGUCUCCGAUAUCAUCAAGACCACCUCUAAAAGGGUCCUCCAUAACUACAUGCUGUGGCGUAUUGUAGCAGCUCUUAGUGAGCACCUGUCCACAGCAUUCCGGAGCACCAUCCAUGAGUUUUCCCGGGAGAUUGACGGUACGGAGCGUCAGCUGGAGCUGGGAAGGCUGUGUCUCACCCAGGCCAACAAACAUUUCGGCAUGGCCCUGGGAGCACUCUUCGUCCAGAAGUACUUCUCCUCUCACAGUAAGGCUAAGGUACAGGAGCUAGUAGAGGACAUAAAGCACUCACUGGACCUACGGCUUCAAGAACUGGACUGGAUGGAUGAGGUGACCAAAAAAGCAGCCAGAGCCAAGUUGCAGCACAUGAUGGUGAUGACAGGCUACCCAGACUUUCUAUUGAAACCAGAGCUUAUAGACCAGGAAUAUGGGUUUGAUGUGGAUGAAAAUACCUAUUUCAAAAACAUUCUCAACAGCAUAAAGUUCAACAUCAAGAUGUCUGUCAAAAAGAUCCACAAGCAGGUGGACAAGACAGCGUGGCUUCUUCCCCCUCAGGCACUCAAUGCCUAUUACCUGCCAAACAAGAACCAGAUGGUCUUUCCUGCCGGAAUCCUUCAGCCCACGUUGUACGACCCAGAGUUUCCACAAUCUCUGAACUAUGGAGGGAUAGGAGCCAUCAUUGGUCAUGAGCUGACACAUGGAUACGAUGACUGGGGCGGCCAGUAUGAUCGCUACGGCAACCUGAAGCAGUGGUGGACAGAGGAGUCAUACAAGAAAUUUCAGAAGAAAGCAGAGUGCAUCGUCAAACUCUAUGACAACUUCACUGUCUACAACCAGAGGGUCAAUGGCCGUUUGACUCUAGGGGAGAAUAUAGCAGACAUGGGAGGCCUCAAAUUGUCUUACUUUGCAUAUCAGAAGUGGGUCAGAGAACAUGGCCCAGAAAGACCUCUCCCUGGACUCAAAUACACACAUGAACAACUACUCUUCAUUGCCUUCGCCCAGAACUGGUGUAUGAAGAGACGGUCUCAGUCCAUCUACCUGCAGCUGCUGACUGACAAACACGCACCGGAGCACUACAGGGUGAUCGGCAGCGUGUCCCAGUUUGAUGAGUUUUCCCGAGUGUUCCACUGUCCGAAGGGUUCCCCCAUGCAUCCUGUCGACAAAUGUUCUGUGUGGUGACCCCCAAACCUAGACCUCGGAGCUCCACUUAGUAAAACUGACCUGAGAGCUGAAAAACCCCUCCUCCGCUAACCAACUGAGGUGUUCUGUUCUGUUUUGCUUUCUCUCAUCCUGAGACUACCUUUCUCAUUGUUAUUUUGAAAGCGAAUAAUCUCUUCACCACCAGGCAAACCCAUGAUAACUUGAUUGUCUACUCAUCAUUUAAUGUUAUAUUUUGUCGAGGAGUUGGAAGUUUUAGAAACUUGGGAUCACUUUUGGUUUCCACUUGAUAUGAUGUCAAUUCAUAAUCAUUUGAAUCACUUUUGAAAACCAUGAUAUUCAUAGUAGUAAAGAUAGUCAUCAAAUCUAGUUUGAUCCAAAAGGUUCAGAACUUUGUGUAAAAAGGGAUUGGUACCACACUGCCUGAAAGACAAUGAGUGGUGCGGGUGGCACAGAACACCGGGACCCAAGUGUUGCCAGUCAAUGUUGUGUUUCCUAUUAGUGGAGACUGUGCCUCCACGCAGUCCUCCAGUGUCUGAACAGAUUCUCUGGUCUGGUCUCUCCUGUGGCCGACUCCUUCUUGACUGUUGUUGCUUGGUCUUGGCUUUACGGACAUCAGUGAAACAGUGUCACUGUGAGUAUGUGUGUUUGUACAGUUUUGAAGGUCUUUUGUUAUGAGCUGAAUCCAUAAGUAAUCCAUCACUUUUGCUCAGGAUGUGUAGCUGAAUGUGGGACUGUGGCCAAAGUGCUGAAGGAUUGUGAUGGAACCAUGAACUAAUGGUGUGUUUGUACCUGUGAGCCUCCACUCGACACUGUACAGCUGUAGCACACCGACCCGGAACAAGACCACGCUCUCCACCAAUGGAUCACUGUUACCCCACAGUUAGGAUUCAGAGGAGUGUAUUUCUUUAGACUGAUUCAUGGACCUGUUGAACAACUUCAUCUGUCCUGUGGAUAACUUCAAUUGGAUUACGUCAACUCAAGUGCCCUCCUUGAUAUGUCGGCAGCACAUACUCUCUGUUCAUGAACUCUGAUUGUCUUUGGCCGGUCCUGCAGAGCAAAGAAGCUUUAAAAGCAAGGAACAAUAUCAUUUGGCAUUCCACAGUGACAAAUAUUCUAUAUUCUGUAUGUACAAAACUGUGAAUUAUGUCAGAAAAAAAACUGGAAAAAAUCAUUUGUACAGUGAUAUUAAAAAACAUUAUCAUUUUGUAUAAAGAAUCUCCUCAUAAAACAUGAACAAUCUUUGUAUACUUAUAAAUUAUAUAAAAGGACAAAGUUGUACAGUUCUUAUUCUGAAAACAGCAUGUUGUGCUCUGAUGUUCAAAACCAGCUUUACGAAGAUUGACUGUGAUAAAAGUGACACCUCAUACAGUUCUCAAUAUUCAGCUGCUAUCUCAUAUGGCUGCUAGUUGCAAUCUCAUAUAUCUUGGUGUUCAAUGUCUUGAAUAAAUCCAUGGGAUCACUGUGUGAGGGCCUGGUUAAGUGUUAGUCUUGUGUGUCAAUGUGAAUGUGUUAGUGACCGUGACCAACCAGGGUUGUAUCUACAUGUUAGCGACUGCAACCAACCAGGGUUGUAUCUACAUGUUAGCGACUGCGACCAAUCAGGGUUGUAUCUACAUGUCAGCGAAUGUGGCCCACCAGGGUUGUAUCUACAUGUUAGCGACUGCGACCAACCGGGGUUGUAUCUACAUGUUAGCGACUGCGACCAACCGGGGUUGUAUCUACAUGUUAGCGACUGCGACCAACCGGGGUUGUAUAUACAUGUUAGCGACUGCGACCAAUCGGGGUUGUAUAUACAUGUUAGCGACUGCGACCAACCAGGGUUUUAUCUACAUGUUAGCGACUGCGACCAACCGGAGUUGUAUCUACAUGUUAGCGACUGUGGCCCACCAGGGUUGUAUCUACAUGUUAGCGACUGCGACCCACCAGGGUUGUAUCUACAUGUUAGCGACUGCGACCAACCGGGGUUGUAUAUACAUGUUAGCGACUGCGACCAACCAGAGUUGUAUCUACAUGUUAGCGACUGUGGCCCACCAGGGUUGUAUCUACAUGUUAGCGACUGCGACCAACCGGGGUUGUAUCUACAUGUUAGCGACUGCGACCAAUCGGGGUUGUAUCUACAUGUCAGCGACUGUGGCCCACCAGGGUUGUAUCUACAUGUUAGCGACUGUGGCCCACCAGGGUUGUAUC